AUAAUUGUAUUUUUAAUGACCUAAUGGCAUUGAAUUGAUAUCUGCAAAAUAUAUAUAAGUAUUGUAGUAAAACAGUAACAUUAUAAGUGUACCAACCUGGUGCAUAUACAAAACCAGGAUUACUGUAAGUGUUUGUCUUUUAGGCGGAUGGAGAUAUGAUCGUGACUUUGGAUGCCAACUUUGGCCUUGUGAGGAAGCAAAGCUCAGGGACAAGUGCAGUUGAGCCAUUACAUGGAACCCGCAUGUUUGUUGAUGAAAAGGCUGUAGAGGAAUACCUGCUAUCACAUCUUGACAGCUCAAAGCCUCAAGAAGACUGCAGUAACUUCAAGGCUGGCAAUGUUCUGAGGUCACAACGACAAGCUAAGAAACUUGAUGUUACAGGAGUGUUUGGAGCUUCCUGUUGUCAUGAAAUGCCCCUAAUGUUUGUCAACAUGAGCCAAGGAGAACGAUUAGCCUAUCCCCUGUAUGUGAUUGAUGAGCUACUUCGAAGAUGUGAGGACAAGAACAUACACCUGCGAGUGGUCUAUGACAUUGCCUGUGUUGUUGCCUCACAUUUGCAUAAAUCGGGGGAGGGCACACCACACAACUUCUCCUUGGCCAUACCAGCAUUUCACGUUUAUGGACACAAAUUGCCCUGCCAGAUCAAGUACAGCACCAGAAGGCUCGAUGGGUUUGGGCUCACAGACGGGGAAGGAAUGGAAAGGCUGUGGUCUUUCCUCCGAAGAUUUGCCAGAGUCACAAAGGAGAUGACUCCAUCUCACCGCCUUGACUUGCUGACUGAUGCCCUUUUGCAUUAUGGACGGAGGAAAUCAACUGACCUAG